AUGGCGGGGCAAUCAUACGUGCAGUGGCAGUUAGAAUUCACUGAACAACACCCGAUCAGUGGUUCGAAAAUUCGCCACCUAUGGAAAUGGUCGACUAAUCGCGACGAUCGUAUACAUUAUUCUCAAUUUGAUUUAGAAUGUAUUGAUUUAUUUCUGAGUGUGAAAACACGCUACCUUAUAAAAGGACUUCAGGAUAUCGGAUAUGUGCUCAAUUUCUAUGCGCUCUCUCCCACAAUUCUAGUUUUGGUGGAUUACGCAGAAUUGACAGCUAACGUUAAACAAACCGCUAUUCUCCUUGAUACGGACUUCUACACUGGUUCCCACUUCCUCGAACGUACUUACUGUGUGUCGACUACUGUUGCGUUCUUUUUCGUCCAGUGCGUAGUUGGUGAACAACAAUGUGUUAUCUUCGCUCCGCCUAACAACGCUAGACUAUUGAAUGGAGGGCAGUCAACGUUCUGUUGCCAUCUCCUUCCAAAACAGCCAUGGUCAGCUGCUUCUGAUCGCAAUAUCUCAAUGUUUGUGCACCGAGUUAACGCCCAAGUUCACUCACAACGCGGAGUGUCUUUAACACGUUGGGAAUCACCACAGUUCAUCAGCGUCAACGAGCUCGGUUUCUUUCUCGAACGAGGACAAGGAAUUUGUCCUGACCCCUUCACUAUCGUCAUUAUGAACAUAAACAGUGGUGAUUGGCGUCUGGUUGUGUGUACCGCCGAUGUAAUCACUGGAUUUCCCCGAGAUUCUCACGACCAGAUGCCUAUUGACAGCACAGCUCUGCACAGUGCCACUGGACAG